AAGUAAAGAGGAGAAGGAAGGAAGGUUUCCCCAGAGGAGCCCCUGACACUGGAGCGGGUCGAGGCGUCUCGCGCACAGUUCACACGGAAAGCGGGCAACUUCAAAGCCGAACAUGGACGCCUAAAGCCGGCAGGGAUAAUUGAGGAAGCGCUUGCGAAGCAGUACGUUCGCCAUGGAGAUGUCCGGGAAAGACAAUGAAGUGGGGGCUAACGCGGAAACCAGAACAUCUGAAAAAGCACAGAGCUGGAUUCCCAAAAUCAUCAAGAAGCGCAUGUGCAGCACCUUCAUCGAGGACAACAGUAACGGAGCACUGUGUCAGUGUGGCGGCCCCCGGGGGACGCACGGCUCCAACGCCACCGGGGACUACUUCGGCGCGGCCAUCGUCAGCCAAUGGGACAGCGGGCAGCACUCCUCCGAGUACCCCACCGACGCCUUCGGAGAGGUGGAGUUCACGGGGGCCGGCCGACGCCACAGUCACUUCCUGCGGCUGUCCCGCGACACGCCGCCCCAGAUCGUGUUCACCCUGAUGACGGCCCACUGGGGGGUGCCCUCUCCCAACCUGGUGGUCUCGGUGGUCGGGGGCGGGGGCGAGGGCCAGGAGAAGGUGAAGCCGUGGGUGCGGGAGGUGAUGAGGAACGGGCUUGUGAGGGCGGCUCAGAGCACAGGGGCGUGGAUCCUGACGGGCGGGCUGAGGGAGGGGGUGGGUCGCUGCGUGGGGGAGGCGGUCCGGGACCACGCGGCGGCGGCGCCCUCCCUGUCCCAGAAGAAGGUGGUGGCGGUGGGCGUGGCCCCCUGGGGUCUGGUGCACAACCGGCAGCAGCUCGUCAACGCACAGGGGAGUUUUCCGGCUCGCUACUAUGUCCAGAACACGUCCCAGGACACCUGCGGCCUGGACAGCAACUACCAGGCCUUCCUCCUGGUGGACGACGGGACCGUGGGCCAGCGCGGCGGGGAGACCGGCUUCCUCUCCAACCUGGAGGACUACAUCUCCCACCAGCGUACGGGCAUCUGGGGCAGUGGCAGCAUAGAGAUCCCAGUCUUGUGCAUGCUCAUCUCAGGGGAAGCCAAGAUGCUGCAGAGGGUGGACCAUUCCCUGAGGAAGGCCAUCCCCUGGCUGGUCCUGGGGGGCUCGGGGCCGGCCGCAGACCUGAUCACUGAGAUCCUGGAGGAGGUGUCGCUGGGCUCCAGCCCCAGCAGCCCCCUGCCGGAGGGGGGGGAGGGCGGCGAGGGCCCCAGCACGGAGCUCCGUGACCGGGUCAGAGAGAAGGUCAGGAGGCACUUCCCAGCAGAAGCCAACCUGGAGAAACUUGUGGACUGGGUGCUGAGUAUUCACAAGAACAGAGAUCUAAUCACCGUGUUCCAUCAAGAGCAGGAAGGAUCUGAUGACUUUGACACGGUUCUCCUCAAAGCCCUGGUUCAAGCUAGUAAGCGUGUGGCCAGCCAUGCCAGUGAAUACACCGAGGAGUUGAAGCUGGCCGUGGCCUGGAACCGAGUGGACAUCGCCAAGAGCGAGCUGUUCAACGGGGACAUCCAUUGGAAGUACGAGGACCUCGAGGACUCCAUGACGGACGCCCUGGUCAACGACAAGCCCCAGUUUGUGCGUCUGUUCUGCGAGAACGGCCUGAACAUCCUGCACUACCUGAGCUACAGCCGGCUGGAGAGCCUGUACCGCUCGCUGGCCGACAGCUCGCUGGCCUACACCCUGCUGCAGCGGCGGCUGGCCGAGCGGCAGGCCGCGGCCACCUCCCUGACCCAGCUGGACGGGGCCGACCCGGGGUCCCCCGUCAGCGCCGUCACCCGCCUGAUGGGCUCGGCCUCGGCCAAGGAGCUGUGUCUCUACGAGGUGUCGCGCCUCCUCUACGACCUGCUGGGGGACGGGUGCCAGCCCUUCUACUCGGCCCAGCUGGGCCUGGACCCCGGGGCCAGCACGCGCAGGGCCAUACGGCACGUGAACAAGCUGCUCCUGGGUGACUGUCUGUACCGGGACCAGCGCUGCCUCUCUCCCUGGGCCUCGCUCUUCAUCUGGGCCGUGCUCCAGAACCGCAGCGAGAUGGCCGUCUACUUCUGGGAGAUGGCCAGUGAGUCGGUGUUGAGUGCUCUGAGUGGUUGUAAGAUACUACGGGAGCUGUCCAAGCUGGAGGAUGAGACAGAGUCUAAGGUCUCCAUGAAGGAACUGGCCCAGAAGUUUGAGAACCUGGCCCAAGACGUGUUCAGCUCGUGCUACCAGAGCAACGAGAGGCGCUGCUUCACGCUGCUCAUCCGUCAGUCUCCGGUGUGGGCGGGCGCCACCUGCCUCCAGAUGGCCACCGCGGCCGACGCCCGCCUCUUCUUCAGCCACGACGGCGUGCAGACCCUGCUGUCCCAGAUCUGGUGGGGCGACAUGGAGAGAAACACGAAGGUGUGGAAACUGGUCUUUGCUUUCUUCGUACCGCCACUCAUCUUCACCAAGCUAAUCGGAUUCAGGGAGCCAGACGAGGACGUGAACUUUGAGGAGGUUCAUCAUGACCGAGACAUGGACAGUAUGGACGGCAACGACGCCACAGUGUUCUCCCUGGCUGACGUCGUUCGCAACGAGGAAGACGCUGAUGAGUACAUGGCUCUGAAAGCCAAUCAGAAAGGGUCUUCCUCCCCUCCCAUACGCCCGUUUGCGAUUCAGCGGUGGCGUAACUUCUGGUUCGCGCCCGUCACCUCCUUCCUGGGCAACGUGCUGAUGUACUUCCUCUUCCUGUGCCUGUUUGCCUACGUCCUAUUGGUGGACUUUAAGGGCCCGCCUCCCAAAGGCCCGUCCAUCUCAGAGAUGGUGCUCUACUUCUGGGUGUUCACCAUGGUGUGCGAAGAGAUCCGACAGACCUUCUUCGUGGGCAGCACCACGGUGAUCCAGCGGAUGAAGACCUACAUCCAGGACAUCUGGAACAAGUGUGACCUCACCGCCAUCACCGUCUUCGCCCUGGCGGUGGCCUGCAGAAUGUUCGAUGAGUCCUACCAUUUCGGCCGGGCUCUGAUGGCGUUGGACUUCAUGGUCUUCACCCUGAGGCUCAUUCACAUCUUUGCCAUCCACAAGCAACUCGGACCCAAAAUCAUCAUCGUCAGCAAAAUGAUGAAGGAUGUCUUCUUCUUCCUCUUCUUCCUGUUUGUGUGGCUCAUGGCCUACGGUGUGGCCAAUCAGGCGCUGCUCUACUCCUACGACCCUCGCCCCAGUUGGAUCUUCCGCCGGGUGUUUUAUAGACCCUACUUGCACAUAUUUGGACAGAUCCCCAUUAAUGAAAUGGAUGCGGACAAGCUGCUGGAGGUGGAAUGCACCAACAACCGGACGCUGAUCGAGGGCGGCAUGGAGCCCUGCAUGGACGGCUCCUACAACUGGCUGGUGGUCCUCCUGUUGGUGGUCUACCUGCUGGUCACCAACAUCCUGCUCAUCAACCUGCUCAUCGCCAUGUUCAGCUACACCUUCUCCAAGGUGCAGGAUCACAGCGACACCCACUGGAAGUUCCAGCGCUACAACCUGAUCGUGGAGUACCACUCCAGGCCCUGCCUGGCCCCGCCCUUCAUCAUCCUCUCCCACCUCCACCUCUUCAUCAAGAGAUUCGUGAGGCGCAUCCCGUCGGCCAAGGUCAAGCACUUUGUGCUGGAGUUGCGGGGCCGAGCGGCCAGCCGGCUCAACACGUGGGAGGGGCUCCAGAAGGAGAACCUGCUGUCGGCCCAGAACAAGAGGCUGCGGGACAGCGACACGGCGCGCCUCAAGCGCACCUCCGUCAAAGUGGACACUGUCCUGAAACAGAUGUCGGAGAUACGCGACCGCGAUCGCAGAUUGCGACUGCUUGAGUCAGAGGUGGAGUUCUGCUCCAGCGCCCUCUCCUGGCUGAUGGAGGCUCUCGCCGAGGGCAACGUGAUCAAGUCCACGCGUCCCCCGCCGAUGCUGUCCCGAGAUAUGAUGCCCCUUUCCCCAUCGGUCCGAUAACAGUUUCCCAGCUGGCCAGCGGGUCCGUCCUCAUGUCUCGUACGCACCCGUACAGUGAAGAACGUUGGGCCAUGGCAGCGAACAGUGGAUCAAAUGUCUAUUUCAUUCUAUUUCUUAGGUAUACGUUUUAACCGACUGUUGACCAUAUAUGGUCGUUUGACGCUUUUAUCCAAAGAGACUUUGAGGCUUUAAGGCUUUCUUUCUGCUUGGGCUGGGGUCUUUGGGGUUCGGACCAAGACCCCUUUGCCCUGGGGGGGGGGGGUCCCUCAUGCUAACCACUUGACCUGCCUGAACCCUCGACGACUACCCUUGAGCCUGUUUCUACGUUUAUUUAUUGAGUUGCCGUGGUUACGGCAGGGUGAGUACCAGUAGGGGUUAGGAGUGGUGAGGUCUAGAUAUCAGGUUAGAACCGGUUAUGCUGUCUUAUUUUACGUCUUAUUUAUCUCACGCCAAUAGUCCUGCUGUUGCUGUCGGAGGACGUCUGACCACUGAAGACCUGCCUCUUGGUUUCUAUAUUGUGGUGAAGCUAACGUAUUGUGUCUUCACUACACAGCCAGUGUGGUAUGACUGUUGUAUGACUGGACCGAUGUGACUGGAAUGGCCAAUUCCAGUUGGAAUUUAUACUAAAUACUUUUGUAUAAAGGGCUUUUUGUAAAUAUUGUAGGUUUAAGGAUGACAGCUUUUUCCUUCUGUCAGAUAGUCAUGUACAUUUUAUAUCUGAAAUAAAAUGCAUUAUUCAGUUGGGCCUCUUUGUACAUUUGAGAUUCAGGUUGUUUGAAUAAACCGUGUUUCACAAUA